GCUUCUUCUGCGCAGUCGCUACAAACGAGCGCGGAGACGCAUCUCAGCGGGGAGUGUGCCCGACUUCAGAGCUUCCGAAUCGGCCUUUUCUCACCUAAUGUGCGCACUCACAAGGCCGCUGAUAAGCCCGGAGACAAAGGGCUGUGUAAUGGAGUGGGGGUGGCUUGUAAAGACAAGAUUUGCCUGUGUGAAAGAGGACAAACAGAGCCCACCUGGACAGGCGAGCAAUGGCCGGAGUCUGGCUUAAAAGAGGUAAAAAAAAAAAAAAAAAAAGACGCGCAAGAGUUUUUACGCACAGCUCCAGCGGGCGCAGUCGGUGAAUGUUUGUCGGUUUAUGGCGCUGUGAGGCGGAUCAUUGAUGUCCCUCACCCUGAGGACACUCAGCCGGUGUGUGUGUGACCUGAGGCCCGGUGUUUUCCUCCACAGACGUUGGGUAGAAAAUGGAGUGUGUGCCUUUAAGGCGCCCGACUGCCUGUCGCUUUUUGCUGCGGAGAGACUGACGCCCUCUGGACACAGUGGACACUUGAGCGGCGGCAGCACACCAUCCUGGAGAAGUUCAAAGAGGAAAAAACAGCCACAACUCACUCUUAAAAAAAAAAAAAAGAAGAUAAGUCGUGAGCUCGUUAACAAGCGUUGUGGUGUUUCCAGUGCCGUGCUGGUGAGCCAUCAGGAUGAAGCCUGGUCAGCUGAUCGUCCUCCCCGCCGCCGCCGCUCUCCUCUUCCUCCUAUCAGGGCUGUCUCUGACCUCCGGCUGCAACAAGGCCCUCUGCGCGAGCGACGUCAGCAAAUGUCUCAUCCAGGAGCUGUGCCAGUGUCGUCCGUCUGAUGGGAACUGUUCGUGCUGUAAGGAGUGCAUGCUGUGUCUGGGGAACCUUUGGGAAGAGUGCUGCGACUGCGUGGGAAUGUGCAACCCGAAGAACUACAGCGACUCUCCGGCCACGUCGAAGAGCACCGUGGAGGAGCUGCACCGUCCGAUCCCCUCGCUGUUCCGCGCCCUCACGGAAGGCGACGCGCCGAUCAACAUGAUGGUGGUGUCCUUCCCCGUCGCCGAGGAGCUCUCCCAUCACGAGAACCUGGUCUCCUUCCUGGAGUCGCUCGACAACCAGCCCCAGAACGUCUCCGUGCCUGGCAACAGCAUCCACGCCAGCUACGACACUCAAGAAAACAUGUGCACGGUGGUCUACUUUGACGACUGCGUGUCUAUCCGUCAGUGUAAACUAUACUGUGAGUCAAUGGGAGGAUCCAAGUACCGCUGGUUUCACAACGCCUGCUGCCAGUGCAUCGGACCCGAGUGCGUGGACUACGGCAGCAAGGCUGUGAAGUGCAUGAACUGUCUCUUCUGAAGUGCGGGCACAUAUUGGUACCAAAUGUCUGGACCAUACCAGAGGACUGAGGGCAGAGGAAACUAUGACUGUUAUGUGUUAGCAUUCCUCAGUUACCUUGUAAAAUUACCCCCCCCACCACACACACACACACAAACACACACACACAAACCCUUCCUCCUACCCCUGCAAAUUGUUUUUAUUCUGCUGUUAUGUUUCACUGUAUAUUUUUAGAUAUAGUGUUUUUUACUAGAGGUGUAUAUGAAUAAUGUAUUUUUACAAUUAUGGUCUGCUAAACCCCAGUCUCAUGCCAAAUAAAGAAAAGUUUGGUGACAUGGA